AUGCGCUUCGAAGACUGGGACGUGCUGCUCUUUCCGAGUGGCACUCACGAUUCGCAUGUGCCACUGCGGGAGUAUCGCGUCGAAUGCCACACGGUUGAAGAUGAGCGUCUGAGUGUCAAUGGCAAUAGCACCAAAGGCAGAACGGUCGCUCCUCUCAUGACAGCUUUCGUCCCAAGUCUUGAGCGCGAUGCUCCUUUCCAGGUCUCGGUCCACUCCUGGUUGCCGAAGAACUUCUACUUCGCCCCUCAGCCAAGCACUUACCGAUCUGACCAUAUCCAGCUGUGGCAGGUCAAGAUCAUCGUGGAUGGCUUCGUCCAAUGCGCCGAGACCUUUGGAGCCGAUGUAAAGUGGCCCAAGGUUAUCGCCGUAGCCAACAUGGAGCCGUCGAUCAGCAAGAAGAUCCCUCUGCCACUGCACUUUCCUCAGUUCCACGAGGAAGUCACGUCUGUCUCGGAGUGGAGCCCUGAGGACACUAUCGGCCGCAUCAAGAUUGAGAUUUCGGAGGGUUACGCUCACGUCCAGCCCGGUAAUAUGGGCAAACCGGGAACCAUCACUUUCCACAAGCUGCUGAACCAUGCCUUCUUCAACUUCCAGCCGGCUCCACUCAAGAUUCUGCAGCGUACUGGCAUUGCAUAUCCCAAGCCAGAGAUGGCGGCAGCCAUGUUGCCAUUGAGCACCCGCCGGCCCAGCAACCUCAUCGCGUUUCCUGGCGCCGUCCAAGCACCGCGCAGUUUUGAUCAUGCUCGCAAUAUAAGCGCCAGCAAUGUCAGCAGUUAUCAGUACACCUCGCCAUAUAUGGGUCCUGGAGGCCCACCCAACACUCCGCACUUCGAGGAAAUGCCACCUCCACCUACAGCCUGGAAUCUGGGAUACCACUUCGACGACAACCACUCAGCCACUAGUCGAUCUACAUCAGCAUACUCGAAUGUCCCGCUCUCUGCCCUACCGCUGCCCGUGCCUGCUGGGAACACUGGCAAAAUGCCUCCACCGUACCCAACCGCCGCCACGCGUCGUGCUGACCGUCCGAGAGCAGAUCCUAGCCAGGUCAUCCUCCGUCUGCCAAGCGAUCAGUUGCGUAACAUCCUGAGCGCUCUGAAGCAGCCGCCGAAGGAGUCAGCGAAGGCGGAUGCUCCGCAGAGUACCUCCAUGCCGCCACCACCUGUCCCACAGCAUGCUAUCGAGCGUCGUAAUGCCAACGUCUCUGAUGUCAGCAUGCACAAUGGCUGCACCAACUUUCCAAGUUGCACCACCGAAGACAAAGAUGGUCAUGUUUUCCACCAACCAGCCGAAGUGGUUCGUGGCCGUAAGGAAGGCUCGGCCGUCGACAACAAUGGCCGUGACUUCUUCUCCAGCAUUCCAAGCAUCCUGAAUCCGCAAACAGAGUCAUCUCUCGACAAGGUCAACUCACUGCUCUCGUCCAGUCCUGCGGAUGGUGUCACGAAGAAGCGCACUCGAUCAACACUCAAGUCUCUCACGAUGAACGAGGGCUCGCCUGAGAAGCUCAGCAAGGACCGCGAGGUCUCGAACCCAAAGCCGCGCAAGCUGCGCAAGCGGACCACGGCAGGAACAGAUCAGUCCUAG